AAAUUUCUAUCGCCUCCGUUAGGUUUCAGAGUUAACAUCACACCAGGUUGCAGCAGGAUGAGCCACGUUUGCCUGUGAGGUACCGCACCGGGGCAGUCAUGCUGGCGGCUGCCCGCCGGUGGUUCGCUUUGCAGCCGCGCUGCCUCCUGGCUGCGGGCAGCUCCGCCGGGGGCGGAGGUGACUCCAGGUAGCAAAGCUGCAAUAGCCAACUUAUGUAUAGGAGACCAGAUCACGGCCAUCGAUGGAGUGAACACAGAUAAUAUGACGCACCUUGAGGCCCAGAACAAGAUCAAGGGUUGCGCAGAUGAACUAACUCUGACGGUCAGCAGAACGGAGUCAAAAGUCUGGUCGCCACUUGUAAAUGAGGAGGGAAAGACACAUCCUUACAAGAUGAAUCUGGCCUCUCAGCCACAGCAGAGACCGACGCAGUUUCCACGUGCAUUCAGCAUGACAUACCAGCCCGCUGGUCUAAACAGCUGCCCAUCGCCGACGGGUGCCAUGCAGGCUCCCUUCGCCUCGGUCUAUAACCCUCUGCAGGCGCAGACCUCGGAGCCGCCACCGCGCAGGCACAGCACCUCCUCUGUCCCCAGCCCGGUCCGAGUGGGGCCCCAGCAGCUGAAGCACGCGGCCCAGGUCUGCCCCAAAAGCCCCGUGGAAGUGGAGGUGCCAGGACUCAAAGUGCUGCACGUGCAGUUCAAUUCUCCCCUGCAGCUCUAUUCACAGAGCAACAUCAUGGAUUCCCUGCAGGGGCAGAUCUCUUCUGUUAGCCCCGAUUUCCCCAGUUUAGAUCAGCAUAACCAGCCCCCAGGCAGCAUCAUCAUAGACAGAGAAUCUGAGGUUUACAAGAUGCUCCAGGAGAAUCAAGAGUCAAAUGAGCCACCCAGGCAAUCUGCUUCCUUCCUUGUGUUGCAAGAGAUUUUGGAGUCGGAAGAGAAAGGAGACCCUACCAAACCAUCUGGAUUUAGGAGCGUCAAAGCCCCCACCACAAAGGUGGCCUCAUCGAUCGGGAAUGCCCAGAAGCUGCCCAUGUGUGAGAAGUGCGGAUCUGGCAUUGUAGGGGUGUUUGUGAAGAUCCGGGACAAGCAGCGUCACCCCGAGUGCUACGUGUGCAGCGACUGCGGCACCAACCUCAAGCAGAAAGGACACUUCUUCGUGGAAGACCAAAUCUACUGUGAGAAGCACGCACGGGAGCGGGUGAUUCCCCCGGAGGGCUAUGAGGUGGUCACCGUCUUCCCAAAGUAACCUGCGCUGCUCACAAAGCCGGUGUGGAUGGUUUCUCCUCAGCUGCUCUUCCUUGGAAAGCAUCAUCCUUCCCCCUCUGCUGAAUCUUGUUUGCAAUAAGGAAUAUUAGGCAUGGCUUUGAAUUUCCCUGCCAUUAUUAAUCUGCCGUCUGUUCACAUGAGGUGUCACUAAUUGUUCAACAUUGUUUUCAUCUCCUCUUUCACUGUUUGGGGUUUUUUUAAUACACAGAUUUUUUUUUUUCUUUCCUUCUUCAUACUGUUAAUCGCACAGGAAAAUCAGAAGCCAAAGUCCCAUUACAGCCCUUCUGUGUCUCACUUAUUUGCCUUCAGUUUGCAUUCAAUAAACGGGGUGAAUCCACAA